AUGACAUAUUGAAUCAUGCUAAAGUAACCAGCUUCUUCAUGACGAUAUCAUGUACGGUUGAAAAACAUGGCGGACGAUGUUCKGAUUUAUACAAACAUGUCAAUAAACGUCACGCAAUCCUCCUACAGCAUGGGGUAGCCCUUCACGGUUUUGCAAGAUUUACCCGAUUGGUUUACGGGCUAUUUGUURAAUAAAAGAAAACGAAGACCAAGAAACGACGAAGACUCGGGGUACGASAUUGCAUUCCAAGGCUGUCAACAUGUGUAGUACUUGAACCGGAAGUCAUAAUCUUUAACCACGUGAUAGCAUGUGUUCUUGCUCGUGAGUUUCCGGUUUAUAGUUCACGGCAACACRAGACCUGACUUGGCUUGUCAAUGAAAAUUCAGCCUUUUACCCAGCAGAAUGGGUCUUUUGUGGCUCUUAACAGUCUUCUUGGGAAUUUUAGUUAUUCUAGUUUUCUACUUCACUCGUUUUUUUCAAAAGAGUAAAGUGGUUGAGUCAGUCUCCAUUCAGCAGAAGAUAAACUUCAUCAAGAAGAUAUCUCCACCAUGCCAUUCUAAAGGAUGGAGUAUUUUGGGUGUUGACAAUGGUCUGAGAAUCUGGAAGAAACAUGUUGACUCAGAAACAUUUCAAUGGUACACUGGGCAAACAGUUUAUGGCUGUACAUGUGUUAUACAGGCAAAUGUUAAGGAUAUUUUAACUGCACUACAAGACUUGAGAUAUAUUCCCGAGUGGGAUCCCUGUGUACAGGGUGUGAGUCGAGUGAGCACUGGAAAAGGACAUGAUGUGAUAUCUGGGACUCCUGUUUCCAUGGGAACAAUAGAACAUGUUACACUGAAAGUUAUUCAAAUGUUUGGAUGUGAUAUCACUUCAAUCUACUCAAGAUACUGGCACAGUAAUACCAUUAAUGAAGGGUGGUUCUUCAGCUCUUCAAUGCAGCAAGCUGUAUUUACUUCAGGAUUCCUGUGGUGUGGAGUGCUUAUAACACCAAUUAGCACAGCACCAACCGAAAAAUCUUUACAUAAGAUACAUUUGAUAACAGCGCCAACCAUAGACUAUGCAUUAAUGUCUGAUAUCAAGCUAUUUACCUCCAUUCGUCUUGCUGGUUUGAGGGAUUUCUUGACAAUUAAAUAUUCCGGUAAAGUGGUUGAAUGUUCCAAUGCAAUACMAAAUGGUCAUGAUGUCAARAGCUCAAGUGAAAAUGAAGCRAAUAGAAGUGAUAAUAGAGUGGCUGAAGAAGAAGAGUCAGAGGAGUCAUUCUUUGAUGAGGUAGAGGGGUUGAGUGUUCCCAAUCAAGAAGACAAGAUUUCACUUGAGGACACCAUUAAGAAAAUACAGAAAAAUUGUAUGAAAGCAUUUAAUGCAGCUAUUGGAACUGAUGGAUGGACUUUCUUGGCAAAUAUAAAAGAUGUUGAGAUCACAAAAAGAUCUGCGCAAUCAGGGGAACCCCCGUGGGACACAUUGAAGGGUGUGGUAACAGUUAACGUACCUGUACAUUAUGCACUGGCUUAUGGGUUUGACCUCCAGUACCGCGGGGAAUGGGAUGAUCUGUAUGCAAGAGGAGAGAUCAUCAAAGAGUACAACCUUCUUACAAAGAUUGUACGUGCUGAGUUCAAACCAGUAUGGCCAACAAGUGGUAGAGAUUUCACUAAUAUUUUUGCAUUACGAGAAGUAGAAGAUGGUCUUUACUGUAUUGCAGGGAGAUCAGCAGGGGAGUGUCCCGAGUGUCCUCCUAAAAAAGGCCUUGUAAGGGGUGAUSUAUUGUGUUUCGGUUUCUUCGUUAAAGAGAUCAGUUCAGAUCCUCCUUGCUGUCAGAUUACAUACAUCUCCCAGGCCGAUCUCAAAGGAAAUCUUCCACCCCGAUUGGUCAACAGAUUAACGCAAUCUCAACCUCAGGGUCUGGCAAUAUUGCGUGACCGACUACAUAUGCUUUAUAACCAGGACAGGGAACAAGGCCCAGACUCCGAAAAGAUGUCUGAGAUCCAAAAACAAGGUGUGGACAUUUGGGUUGAACUCAUGAAGAUAAAAGAAAUGAAAGAUAGUGGAGUGCUUGAUGUUCCGGUUAUAAAGACAUUAAAAGAAUCACCGAGUACUCGUAAACGCACUCAUAAGUACAAGCAAGAAUCAUCACUAGACAGUCUGAGCACGGCAGACGAAAACGAACAAAUGGUAAAAGAAUUGUUCAAAGAAGAACAAAAUGAAAGCUUGUUGGAGAAAAGCGCACCCGAAGUUAGUGAAGAAAAUAUGAAACUGCCAUUUGUUAAUAUAAAUCAAGUAGACUACAAGACACUCGGUAACCAAGCCGCUGCUACAGUUCUUGGAGAGGUUGUUUUGGCUUCCAAGGCAGAGAUUGGUUCAGAUAAUCUUAACGACCCAACCACUAAAGGCGAAUGGACUUAUCAAUGUAUUGAAAAAGAUGUUGUCAUCCUUCGAAAAAUUAGUCCUGGUGAAAAAAUUCAUAGUUUUCUUGGUAAAGGUUUGAUCAAGUGCAGCCCGACAGUGGUAUAUGAUGCAGUCAAAAAUCCCAUGACAAGGCAUGUGUAUGACAAAAUGUUGAAGAAAACGAAGGUUAUUAGACAACUAGACGAACAUUCAAAGAUUGAGUACUUACAUUUCGAAGCUGCUCAGUGUUUCCUGAAACAAGCCAGGGACUUUCUUCUCUUGACUGUUAAUCGAAUCGAGCCUGACAGGUUCGCCUGUGUUGGAGUGUCARUUGAUGCACCAGAGUGUCCACCAGUAAAGAACUUGACUCGAGGAAAGGUUUAUGGYAGUGGUUGGGUGGUGGAACCCGUUCGUCAAGAUGGCCGAUUAUAUAGCAUGGUGUCUUACCUCACCCAGGUUGACUUUGGUGGUAUGAUUCCAGUUAGAUUACUAAAUGCCGUCGCCCGACGUCAGCCGCUUUGCAUCGCUUACCUUCGAGACUAUCUGGAGAAAUUUAAGGAAUAGCGACAUAAACAAGCCAAAUAAACAAGACAAAUUAUCAUAGUUUCUAAAAAACGGAAAAAAUGGAAGAGAAUUUCCAGUUCGUGAUGCCUAAAUCAGUCAGUGGUCCUCCAAGAGUAAGCAAAUGAAAGAAAAAYGUAGACGCUGACAUGCGGCAUGUUUAUAACUGGCUACAAUACGAUGAAGAAAUUGGCGAAGAACGUUUUAUCAAAUUCCUAUUGGGACUGGAGCACUCAAGUAAAAUAGAAUAGAUUUUCCAAUWACAUCUUCUUGUCCUYAAGUAACCACCCUUGUUAACUACAGACUUUUGAACUUUUUACGUCACUACUUGGUUUUCAAUGCAUUAUGGGAUCAAUUUCUGGAGAAAACAAAAGAAAAGCGGUAUACGGUGCAUGACGUAAAAGCUUCAGAGGUCUAUUAAUCACUGGAAAAAAUC